GAAUGGACUGAUUAUACCUAGAGUAUAUGGUAUUAAACAGACAAGUCGACGGUGGUAUUUGCAUGCUUUGUCAUUCAUCGAUCCUCCACCCAUUCUCAAAGGGAAAUCAAAUCUUUCUAACUUUCUCCGGUGUAAUGAGAGGGAUAAUUCCCCCCUCCUCAUAUAAAUGAUCUAAUGCGUGAUCUAUGCAUGGUUUUAAAAUACCCGCAUAAUUACGACCCUCUUUAAUAUAACAUCACAAAGAAUCAGCCGACAUAAUAUUUUCUUUGUCCAGGCAUGCAAGGUUGUUUGAGGUUCGCAAACACCUCACAUCCGUUCAAUGACAAAUGAGACUCUAUCCUUUUCCUACACGCUCAUUCGACAUUUUGACUAUAGACGACUGGCAAAUAUUAUACAGGCCUAAGCUCGAUCCCUAAGCUGCGAAACUAUGUUCUCAAGGGUACCGUUUAUCGUUAUACUAUGGCUUCUUGCUGCAAUGCAAGAACUUGUAGGUGCUACUGCGACAAGACCCAACGUGUUAUUCAUUGUAAUAGAUGAUCUACGACCAUCACUUGGAUGCUAUGGGGGUCCCAUCAUAUCACCGAACAUCGACCAACUCGCAGCUCAAUCUGCUGUCUUUACCAACGCUAUGGUGCAGCAAGCUGUGUGUGCCCCCAGCCGUACAUCGUUCUUGACGGGGCGUCGUCCCGACACUACUCGGCUCUACGACUUCGGGUCUUACUGGAGGACACAUGCAGGCAACUACACUACCAUACCACAACACUUCAAAGAGAAUGGCUACAUCACGCUUUCGGUCGGAAAAGUUUUCCACCCAGGAAUACCUAGUGGAAGUACUGAUGACUUCCCAUAUAGUUGGACUCUACCUGCCUACCAGCAAUCAACACAAAGCUUCGAAGAUUCGAAGGUGUGCCCCGGCAAUGACGGUAACCUAUACAACAAUGUGAUGUGCCCUAUCGAUGUGGAUAAGAUGCCCGACAAAACACUUCCCGACCUACAGACACUCGAGACCGCCGAGAAUCUCAUCAAGAUCCUCUCUCCAAAACAAAAACAUGACGUCACAAAGCGUGAUGAUGCCUUUCAUCCGGGGCUGGAAGAUGCUCUCCACGGAAGGGAAGGUCGAGGAAAGAGAGCUCCUGUAGUGAGACUACCCUUCUUUCUAGCCGUCGGGUUUCGGAAGCCGCACAUCCCGUGGAAGUAUCCGAAGGAGUACAAAGGCCUGUAUCCGCUCGACUCGGUAGAAAUCGCUCCUGACCCGAACAUUCCCGACGAGCUGCCGAACGUGGCGCAGGUCGUUUUCCAACAGCUGAGACUACGGGAUGACAUCAAAGCGAUGAAUCUCAGUUUUCCGGUCGGCACCAUUCCUUUGAAAUAUCAUGCUUCGCUAAGGCAGAGCUACUAUGCAGCCACAACCUAUACGGACUACCUGGUGGGAAGGCUUCUCCAAGCACUUGAAGACGGGGGUUACGCCGAUAAUACAAUCAUCUCACUCGCAGGGGACCAUGGUUGGCAGCUGGGAGAUCACGGCGAAUGGAGCAAGUUCUCUAACUUCCAGCUGGCCACGAGAGCGCCGCUGAUGGUUCACGUGCCAGAGGUCACCGACCGGAAGUCUUCCACUACGAGGAAGUUUCCUCUCAUCGACCCGCUGUCACCUAGUUUUCAGGGUCAUCUGAAGGAAGAUGGAAUAAACGAGGUCGAUUCGAGAGUUGGCGAAAUAUUCUCCACACUACAAAGUCACCAGAGUAAAAAUGAAAUUGAUUCUAGGGUCGAUGACAGCUAUUUGAGAUUUUCACAUGACCAGACGGAUAAUGAAGUGGUCGAAUCGAGGAAAUCUCGGGGAUUGAAAACGAAAGGGAGAAAGGCACAAUCAGAGAACGUCCACCAGAUUGAUGAGUUUGUAGAGCUUGUUGAUUUGUUUCCGACUCUUGCCGAGCUGACAGGUCUCCCAGUGCCACCCGUGUGCCCGCCGAACCCUUUUAACGUGACCUUCUGCUCCGAAGGCUACAGCUUCGCGCCACUGAUCCAAUGUGCAGAAUGCCUGAACAGCAGCGCACGCCGCGGAGACUGCCGCGGUACUACACCGCGGGACAUCGUCCGGUGGAAAAAUGCCACGUUCAGUCAGUACCCUAGGCCUAGUGUAACGCCGGAUAAAAAUACCGACUUACCGGACCUGGACCUCAUCACUAUCAUGGGCUACUCAAUGCGGACAAACCGGUACCACUACACGGAAUGGAUCGGUUUUAAUCACACCACGUUCCAAGGGGACUGGUCAGACGUGAAAGCUAGAGAGCUGUACCUGAACGACUCGGAUCCACGUCAAGAUAAUAACGUUGCUAAUGAGGAAUGUUAUCGCAGUUUGGUGAGAAAGUUAAGCCAUCAGUUGCAAAGGGGAUGGAGAGAUAGCCUUCCAGUCUUUAAGACUAGAACCUAGAAGUUAUAAGUGAAGUAAAUUCCAUGUAUGUUACUACUUAUUAAAAGGGUCGUUUUUCAAGUCUUUCCCAGUAGAAAACCGCAGUGAUCCCCACCCCCGAUCUGGCUACAGAUGCGGUUCUAGGACACCUACCCCUGGACAUCCACCCCAGAUAACCACCCCAAGUUAACUACCCCCUAGGACAACUACCCCUUUAGGGCAACU